UCUAAAUUUCCUUUUUGGUAACUGCAUUUCGGUUGUUCCUUCAAUUGGCGGUUCGCUGAUAGAACUCAGCUGGAAGAGAAAUACUAAACUGGUAGGCGUGAAUGGCAACAACAAUGGUUCCAAGGAUCAAACUAGGCUCGCAAGGUCUCGAGGUUUCGGCCCAGGGUCUGGGCUGUAUGGGGAUGUCUGCAUUCUACGGCGCACCCAAGCCCGAAGCCGACAUGAUUAACCUCAUCCACUAUGCACUCAACUCCGGUGUCACCUUUCUCGACACCUCCGAUGUCUAUGGCCCCCAUACCAACGAGAUUCUCCUUGCCAAGGCUUUGGGAGGUGGGAUGAGAGACAAAGUCGAGUUGGCAACAAAGUUUGGAAUUAGAGGUGGUGGUCGUGGUAUAUGUGGGGAUCCCGCCUAUGUAAGAGCUUCGUGUGAGGCGAGCUUGAAGCGGCUUGAUGUUGAAUGCAUUGACCUCUACUAUCAGCACCGCAUUGAUAAACACAUUCCCAUUGAAGUUACGAUGGGAGAACUUAAAAAGCUGGUUGAAGAAGGUAAAAUAAAAUACGUUGGUCUAUCUGAGGCAUCAGCUUCAACAAUCCGAAGAGCACAUGCUAUUCAUCCAGUAACAGCAGUACAGUUGGAAUGGUCUCUAUGGUCAAGAGAUGCAGAGGAAGAAAUUAUUCCUACUUGCAGGGAGCUCGGGAUUGGAAUUGUAGCAUACAGUCCUCUGGGACGAGGAUUUUUGUCGUCAGGUCCAAACCUAGUUGAGAAUUUAUCAGAAGUUGAUAGGCGAAAGAAUCAUCCAAGGUUCCAAGCUGAGAAUGCUGAGCAGAAUUACAACUUGUAUGAGAGGAUUAACAAAGUGGCAGCCAAGAAAGGAUGUACCCCAUCGCAACUAGCAUUGGCCUGGUUGCAUCACCAGGGAAAUGAUGUCUGCCCCAUUCCUGGUACCACUAAGAUCGAAAACCUCAACCAAAACAUCGGAGCUUUGUCUGUAAAUCUUACAGCAGAAGACAUGUCCGAGCUUGAAUCCAUUGCUUCUGCAGUGAAAGGCGAUAGGUAUCCCCCGGGUAUUUCAACCUGGAAAGAUUCUGAUACUCCACCUUUGUCAACAUGGAAAGCUACAUAAUUGGUAAUGUUCGUUUUAGAGGCAUUUUGGUAGCCAAGAAAAUUGUUCUGGAUUUUUACUAACGUUUUUUUAGUGUUGUUUGAGAAUAAGAGAGUGAAAUCCCUGUGUUAAUAUGCCCUAUAUGAAUUUUAGCCGAAGAUGAUCUCCAAUGGAGGAUGUUGUCAUCCUUUGUACGAACUUAAUGUAUACACUUCUUUAAUCAAUAAAAGAUCUCCGUCGCCGGGAAAUAGUAGUUUUAGUCUA